GGAGCAGUGCACGGGUUCCGCUGGCAAGUGGAUGUGCGUUUCGGGCCAGUAGUGUAGGCGCUGCCGUACUGGUGCUAGCAACGCAGUGCAGUGUGUAGUGUCCUGUUUUUAGUCUCCACCAAUGGUUCCGCCAUUUCCAGCCCAGAGUAGUUCGGUUUACUUGCUAAACGGAAGAAGAAGUGUUUCUUUUUUCUGCUCCUUCUUUGUGUUGUCCGGUGUUCGGUUCUAGCGUACCUUCGCCAGGUUUUGCCGCAAUACGUAACGCUUCUUUCUCCUUCCUCCCCGCCAGAGGGGCAUGUAAGCUUUCUUCCCGUAUCCGUAUCGCUUCCACUGUUUUUCACGCGAGAAACGUCAAAAUAAAGGUGCUUGUGGUUAAGUGGCUGCCCAUUCUUGACACCGGAGCUUUUGCGGUCUUCACACCGGAUGUAGCGAGUGGCGAUAGAAUGGACGAAUAAGUUCCGACGACUGUCACAGGAUGGCUCGCAGCCUUAUCCGCGCCGAUCCGCACUUGGUUCGCAGGACCGAGGAGUGCCACUUGCGACCAAGGCACGGCAAGCACUGCCAGUAAGCUUGGCAUUCGAAACAAUCUUGCUUUACGAACGAAAUCGCCCAGCGUCCAGUACUGGUACGACGAAAAAGUGCAUCGAAAAGGUGGAAAAUUCAGGCACGGUGUGAAACUGUACUCAUGCUGCCUCUCCCGCAAGUUUGUGGCUGUGAAAAGCGACGGUACUCCUUUUGUAUUAGCAACUCCCGGGAAGGUGUGAUUCGGGAAGUGCGGCAAUAAGUACAAACGACAAAGAAAGGUGGCUCGAUUGUUACAAAUUUUUAUCGCAAACAGUGUAUCAGUGACACAGGGUUGGCACACUGUAUGGCCGUCAGUUUGCAUAAGAGCAUCGGAGCAUCGCUACUUAUCAGUAACGCAAAUUUGACAUUUGAGAAAAUUCGCUCCUCGGGAUGAUGCUGUGCGUCAGGGAGGUGUGUACCGGAGAGGUAGAGUACUAGACAAAGAGAGAGAGAGAGAGAGAGAGAGAUAGAAAGAGAGAGAAAAAAGUGAGAGAGAUUGCUGCUAGACAUUGCCAAUUAAUUUCCCACAGCCAUGGUUACGACCGAUUUCUUAUCGUGAAGAAUAGAAAAGUGUGAACUUUAGAAAAAACUGAAACGGAACCGGCUCCAUUGGUCCACAGAUCUCGUAAAAGUAUCAGUAUUAUCAAAGUCUUAUUCUGACGAGGAGUAAGUGUACAUUAAGGAUGGAAUGAUAAUUUCGAAAUGAAUUAAACCUUUCGUUUGUUUGGUGCUGUACGUUUCUUAACAUUUCUUCCGGCAGUACGCGAGAACCCCUCGUUAGCAAUAUUUUGGCUCGCUGUGCUGCGAAUGUGUGUUACAGGAUGUAUCAAAGUAAAGUGCGAGAAAGAGAGAGCGUGAGCAAGACAAACCAUACCGGUCUACAUGUGCGCCUGGGCGUGUGUUUGUGUGUGUGCCUCUGAAGGAUCCGUACGCCGUUACGAUGAAGCGAAGAAAAUGUAGUAACACUAAGAAACGAAGCACCGAGAGCCAAAACUAGGUCAACACAGAGAGUAAAGAGCAAAAGAGGGAGAGAGAGAGAGAGAGAGUGACUAGACGCAAUACUGAGACCUGUGUCCUGUGUGUACUACGGGGAACUUUUUUCGGACACAACAUAGAGCGCGCGAAUCUUGCAGGACGUGCUCGGUGCUGCCAUGCACACGCAUCGAAGUAGCCGGCAGCGAAAAGUCAGCGCUCCAGUGCAAAACGCGCCUAGCUUAUCCGUGUAUCCUCCGUGGGUUGGUGCAGCUUUCUGAUCCUUGUAGUGCACUCGGCUGCUGGUGACAGACACGGAGGUAAUAUAAAUAAAUUAUACUCAACCCAGCAAAACAAACCCUUCUCAUCCGUGUGUGUGUGCAUGUCCCACCAGAAAUGUUGGCUUGUGUGUAAUCGGCUGUGCAUCAUUCCGUUGCUGUUUGGUGUAGCGGUAAGCCCCUGCAAGAGUUAACGGGCACCAGAAGCAGCAGUUUCAGUGUGUGUGUGUGUGUGUGUAUUUCACGCCUUCGGGCGAAGUGGAGGCUGUGUAAACACAAUUAGUAGUGCGCACCCACCCUCACGCGCCCCGCCCGGAGCGCUCUCUAAUCCAGCAGCACCGGAAACCCGACCGGUCCACCGGUAUGGCUGCCGCCGUUCAGGGAAGCCCGCGGACGGGCGACGAAUCGUCGGAAAGUGAGAAUGAAACCGAACCGGCCAAAAUAUUCCACCGGAAAUUGUCUACCAAGAAGGACGUCAAGUCAGCGACGGCCGUCAAGGAAGGUUACCUGAUGAAGCAGACCUGGUCCUUUCAGCGCUGGCGUCGAAGGUACUUUCGACUGAAAGGACACAAGCUGUACUACGCCAAGGACAGCAAGAGUGAUCUUUUCGAUGAAAUCGACCUCUCCAACCUGUGCUUCGCCGAGUGCAGUACGAAGAAUGCUAACCAUAGCUUCCAGCUAAUUACACCGACCCGUUCGCUAGUGCUGUGUGCUGAAUCACGUCGAGAGAUGGAAGACUGGCUGCAGGCACUGAAAGCCGCUUCGGCGCGGGAAUUUUUCGAGCCGGGACCACCCGAUCAGCACGAUUUCCUCUCCGGGCAUCAUCACUGGUAUGCCACAUCCCACGCCCGCCCGACGUACUGCAACGUGUGCCGGGAGGCACUGUCCGGCGUCACCUCCCACGGGCUGUCCUGCGAGGUGUGCAAAUGCAAGGUGCAUAAGCGCUGCGCCGCCAAAGCAAUAUCCAACUGCAAAUGGACAACGCUCGCCAGCGUCGGCAAGGACAUCAUCGAGGACAGCGAUGGGAACAUCGUGAUGCCGCACCAGUGGAUGGAGGGCAAUCUGCCCGUCUCGUCCAAGUGUCUGGUGUGCGACAAGACGUGCGGGUCGGUUAUGCGGCUGCAGGACUGGCGCUGCCUCUGGUGUCGCUCGACGGUGCAUACGGCCUGCCGGCCCCAGUCACCCAACUCGUGCCCGCUCGGGCCGGCCCGCGUCUCCAUGGUGCCGCCGACAUCGCUCCACUCGAUCGGGCUGGACGAGGCGUGGGACGUUUGCAAGCCGCACGGCAGCUUCUCGCCCCUGCUCGUGUUUGUCAACUCAAAGUCGGGCGACAAUCAGGGCGUAAAGUUUCUGCGCCGCUUCAAGCAACUUCUCAACCCGGCCCAAGUGUUUGAUCUCAUCUCGAGCGGUCCGGGCCUCGGGCUGCGCCUGUUUCGCCAUUUCGAUCCGUUCCGCAUACUGAUCUGCUCCGGUGACGGGUCCGUCGGCUGGGUGCUCAGCGAGAUCGACCAUCUAAACAUGCAAAAACAAUGCCAAAUAGCAGUGCUUCCGCUGGGGACGGGUAACGAUCUGGCACGCGUCCUUGGCUGGGGCAGCUCCUGCGACGACGACGCGCACCUACCGCAGCUGCUGGAGCGAUACGAGAAGGCUAGCACGAAAAUGCUCGACAGAUGGAGUGUGAUGGUUUUCGAGCGCGACAUUGGCAUCGCCUCGACACGCACGCCCAAGAUGUCGAUCUCGCACUAUCCGGACCCGCUGCUCUCCCAGUACGAGGACAGUGCGCUGUGGCAUCUGCAGUCAAUUGUCUACAACGAAGACACACAAAUGAUGAUACAAUCGACGAGAAUCCUGUGCGAAACGGUCAAUGACUUUAUUGCUAGAGUAAGAGAAACCAGCUCGGAAGAGGAGCAAUUAAGCGUCAAAUGUGAUAUUUUAAGACAAAAGUUAGGAAUGUUAUUAGAUACUCUGAAGGAUGAGGAAGCUGGUCUUCAUGGUGACGACGAAUUAUUUAGAACACUGAAAGAAAUUGCUCAAAAAAGUGCCUCAGAAAGACCAAUAGAUACAAAAACCAUAGAGAAAAACGAGAAAGACAAACUGAAUUCCAAAGAGCGCAUCAGUAGAAUAGACCGUCGUUCGGAAAAGGAGGCACUUUUAUGCCGGGCCAACAGCCUCAAGCGAGCAAUACAUGAAGUGGUGGAGAUGAGCGAAAAGAUCAUACCGUACGCACCACAGAAGCGCCUUUCGGUACCUAUGAACACACUACGAGCCACCGCUUCCUCAUCGGAUAAUUCAGUGAACACGUCGCCGGCCACGCUGCCACCACCGCCCACCGGCAUGAUGUCGCCGUCGGUGUCGACGUCACGGCUGACCUGCAUCUCACCGCUGCCCGACAUGCGGCGCGACUCGAUGGAUGAGCACUUCUUCAGCACGCUGAACCUGCCCGUCCCGAAACAGUUCGCCGACGGUGGCAGCCGGCGCAGCUCGGGCGUCCCGGAGUCGUACCGCAUCUCGAGCAUCGAGGAGCUGGAGGAGAACAGCGUGCACACGGAGCCGAAGCUGGCCGACCGCAUUCUGGAGCCGCCGAUCGAGGGCGAGUCCGAGAUGGCGACCGACAACCAGGGCAAGGAUCAGGACGACACGCUGAACCAAAAGUCGACCACCACCACCACGUCCGAUUCGCAGUCGACGACGGCACCGUACGACUUUUCGUUCGAGUCCGACACGAAGACGGUCAAGUUCGAUCUCGAUCCGAACAGUGCGUUCGAGCGGCUCGGCUUCAAACCGUUCAAGAAAACAAUCGAACAACACCAUCAGCAGCAACAGCAGCAGCUGGGGGGUGAUGGACAGUCUCAUCGCACCGAAGGCGGCGGCGGCGGCUAUCUGCAGUUUCAGCCGAUCGAAGUGUACGAACGCAACUACUACCGUACCCAUGCGCAGCGGCUGGGUGUCGGUGGGGCAGGGAAAGCCGGGCUGGCUGGUGGUUCGGGCGAGGCAACGUCGGCGAAAGCGGGCGCAUCGUGCAACAUGCUGCAGGUGCCUACGAUCUGCAUUCCCAGCCUGGAGAAACCACCGGAAAACAUCUACUUCAGCGAAAACAUUACCAUCAUCGAUACAGAUAUGCCGGAGCGUUCGUCCUCCGAUGAGGUCCCGGGCGAUGGCAGUGAUAUUCUUUCAGCAAUAAGCAACGAAGAAUGUAGCGUCACGUCGGAGAUACUGGACAGACAAUCAGACAACAACUCGCAGGUUCAUGUGGGUGACAUUAUACAGGAUCUGGACAACGAUCGCUUCAGCCAUAUCGAUUCGCCGGAAACGAGCGACACGACGGAAGCCCUGCACGGCGAAAGCCUAAUGGACGACAUCAGCUCGGUGCUGGGGCAGGAUUUGCUGGGCGCCCUGCAGGACAACACCAUCACGGAGGACACGACCACACUCUGCACGCUCGAGCACACCAAGCGGCGAAGCUUCAAGGGCAAGCGCACCGUCGCCGCCGCGUCCGAGCCGGUCGAGCUCGACCAGUGCGGGUUCGAGAACCGCGUCUUCGACAUCGACAAUCGGUGCGACGACCAGAAGGUGAAGGAACCACGGUUCUGCAGCCUGGCCAAGUUUGUCGAGGGCAACGACAUUGCGCGUAAAAGCUUCAAGCGUCCGCACCGUGGCGGUGCCGUGCGUAACCUCGGCCCACCACGGUACGCCAACCGGCUGUCGGUCGGCGAGAACGAGUACGAAAACAUCAAAAGCUUUGCGCGCAACCUGCUGCCGGUGCACGGUUCCCCGUCCGACGUGUCCGUGUCUGAGACGGACACCGUGCGGUCGUCCGGCUUCGAGUACCGGAAGCUGGUGUCGGCGGCGAACGCGGAAGAUGAGGACGGAAGCCUGCCGGACGAUGAGCUCGGCGAGCGGUCGUUGAGCGAGAACGAGGAGUCGCGGCCGCAGCAUCGCGCCCACGCGGAUGACGAUGAAGAGGGCGAGGAAGACGAUGAGGAGGAAGAGGAGGAAGAGGAGGAGGAAGAGGAGGAUGAAGAGAAGGAGGAAGAGGAUGAGGACGGGGACGAGAGUUUGCUCGGGCGGGACGAUGAGCACGAGAAGGACGACCGUAGCGAGAAAAGCUUCCAGCUGCCGUGCAUUCCCACGAUCAACGUGGUGGUGGAGCCGCCCUCGCCGGCCAUCAGCGACGAGCUGCGGUCGCUGCGCGUGCCGGACAUACGGCGCCACUCGGAGCAUACGCCGAACCUGCUGGCGCCGCGCGAAAUCGACAUCAAUCGGCGCCACUCGAACAACAACCCGAACCUGCUCGGGUUCGACUCGGAGCACAUCCGCUUCCUGAACUGCUCGCCGGCCGCGUCACGGCGCAUCAGCAGCGGCAGCCUGCUGUUCAAGCCGGAGGGUUUGGGCAGCUCGAAGAGCAACAUCUUCAGCUCCAACCUGGGCCUGUUCGGGACGGACAAGGAUGCGGAAGAGAGAAAGAAGGAGGAAAAGGAGGAGCGCGUGAAGAAGCUGCCCAUCAUCAAUCCGCUCGUCCGGUUGCCGUCCUGGCCGAACGUAAGCACCGGUACGGGCUUCAUAUCGAAGUGCUUGCUGGCGAACGCAGACACGCUGUGUGCCGCGGUUAGCCCGCUGAUGGAUCCGGACGAAACGCUGCUGGAGGGGUACUACGAGAAGGCGGUCAUGAACAACUACUUCGGCAUCGGUAUCGAUGCGAAGAUUUCGCUCGACUUCCACAACAAGCGCGAGGAGCACCCGGAGAAGUGCCGGUCGCGGGCCAAGAACUACAUGUGGUACGGCGUGCUCGGCUCGAAGCAGUGGCUGCAGAAGACGUACAAAAACCUCGAGCAGAAGGUGCAGCUCGAGUGCGACGGGCAGCGCAUCCCGCUGCCGUCGCUGCAGGGCAUUGUGGUGCUGAACAUACCGAGCUUCAUGGGCGGUACGAACUUCUGGGGCAGCAAGAAGGAGGACGACUGCUUCCUGGCGCAGAGCUUCGACGACCGCAUCCUGGAGGUGGUGGCCGUGUUCGGCUCGGUGCAGAUGGCCGCCUCGCGGCUUAUCAACCUGCAGCACCACCGGAUAGCCCAGUGCCAGAGCGUGCAGAUCAACAUCCUUGGCGAAGAGUGCGUGCCGAUACAGGUGGACGGUGAGGCGUGGCUGCAGCCGCCCGGCAUGAUACGCAUCAUACACAAGAACCGGGUGCAGAUGCUGUGCCGCAACCGCAGCCUGGAGGUGUCGCUGAAGAGCUGGCAGGAGAAGCAGCGCCAGCACAGCAUCAGCAUCGCGCGGGAGCAACCGUCGACCGCGUCCGAGCAUCACGUUGCGCCGUCUGAGGACAUGUUCUCCGAGCGCGAGACGUACCUGCUGCUGAACUUUAUCGAGUGCGUCAGCACGCUCGUGAAGUGGGUGAAGUUUCUGAUCAUCUCGCACCCAUCGCUGCAGCCGAACCUGUACGUGGUGGCGUCGAAGACGGCGGACGCGCUGGAGUCGAUCCACCCGGGGGGCAAAAUCAUCGAGGGACCAAACCUUCGCCGACAGCUGACCCAGUUGGUUCGUUGCGCCCGGCAGCUGUACGAGGACACGUGCGAGCUGUUGCGCGAGCGCAGCCACAGCCUGAUACUGCGCGAAGAUCUGGAAACCAAGCUGAGCGUGUCGCUCGCCAACAUGGAGAUGGAGCUGGGCAAGUGCUCGCUGCAGCAGUCGUCCGAUACGGGCGAAACGAAGGUGUAUCUGAACGUGCUAGCCCCGAACGAGGAGAUCGAUCAUCGCAAGAAGCAGAAACCGUUCUGGUUGCGGUUCCGCAGCGGGCACAGCUCGCACCACAGCCCCGCCCUGAGCGGUGCCGGCCCGAAAGCGGCCGGCACUACGUCGCGCGAAACCGUCAGCAACUGGGGGGUGGGUGAGGUCGUCACCUGGCUGGAGGCGAUGCAGCUGGCCGAGUACGUGGACAGCUUCAUCAAGAACGACAUACGCGGCAAGGAGCUGCUAACGCUGGCGCGCCGCGAUCUGAAGGACCUGGGCGUGACCAAGGUGGGCCAUGUGAAGCGCAUUUUGCAGGCGAUCAAAGAUCUUGGAGCAGGAUAGAUGUCACCAGUGGACGAUAGGUUGGGCUUUCUCUCAAUCGCCGCUCAUGGCUUAACCCCUUGUAGUGAGCCAAGCUAAGGAACAUCGCGCUACAUCAACGAAACAAAUCGAAACCUUAAUUUAUGACCAUUCUUAAGCAACCACAACUAGUGGGACACAAUCGAAAAGGAGCAGAAGAAGAUAUAUCUAACAACAACAAAAAAACUUGAAGACAUAACUAAAACUUCGAUAAAAGCAACUGAAAGACUUUGUUAUCUGUCGUGUUUAGUAGCAAGCGCAUCGUAAUCUAUCGUAAGCAUCGUUAAACGUAAGAGUUUAGCUUGUAAGGCCAAACGAAAAAAUGAAAAGAAGAACUGCUGCAUCGACUGAUGAGUGCAGACAGUGUUAGUAUCUUAUAUCUUCCGGCGGCCGCAUUUAUCAUUAGCAAUGGCAGCAUGGUAGAGCUGUUUUCCUCCCAAUUUUCCAUUUCCAAUCCUUUGCAAAACUUGUUGCUGUAAAGGUAAAAGAAAUCACGAAAGAAGCCCAGAAAUGAGGCAUGUUUUGUGUUAAAUGGAAGCCUAUCAAUAUAUCAGCAUAUUAUAUACAUCUAUAAGGAAUAAGUAAACAAACGAUCUCGUUAUACCCACACUAACAGUUAUACACAUCGUAUAGACUUAUAUGUAUGUAUAUAUAUAUAUAGAUAUAACUAGGUUAAGUGUAAACUAUUGGGGCUGUUGAUUGUGUGUGAUUUAGUUUCCUCCCUUUAAUCGUUGCUUGAACCUACCGUCACCGAUGUUCAUGCCAUUUUACGUCUAUGGCGUCUUCGGCGUUCCCUUUCCCACCUUAUACUGUAAGGAUCACUAUUACAAACACACAUACACACACAGAUUUUAUGCACAAAUUAAACAAAAGCAAAAACUCCACCAGUUGGCUCACCUGCGGUCUUUGCCAUUUUUUGUGUUCCUGUUUAGUACUGUUGGAUGUUUACUAAUAUUGUGUGGUAUUGAUUAAAUGUGCAGCGUGUCGACAGUGUAAUGCACCUGUGCUAGCUAUGUUAGGUGUGUUAACAAGUUAAGCUAUCGAUAGAAGGAAAUGGUUGACCGAACAUUGGGCCUGAGAUAAAGGGCCAACGUAACAGCGCGGUGCAUCUAGUGCGUCUAGUAGUCAGCAGUUAGUCUAUGUGGGUAUGCGCCGGACAGGGGCAAUGUUAUAUCUCAUCGAAUAUUUAAACCAGAUAAAAAAAAAAGAACAGAAAACCAAAUACAGAUCAAAGCAACCAAUUAUACACUUUACAUGGUUAAAUAUACUAACUAUCGUUUAAGGAUAUACUAAAUCUUAUACAAACUAAUAGAAUAUACAUAUAUACAACCCCGCCGGAUCGAGUAAGGUUCAGCCCCCUAAAAGGCACGACGCACGAAAGGUCCCGGGCAAGAGGACAACUAACGAUGUUCCAUGCUAAGCCGUACCCGUAAUGACUCUUCAAGAUUGGCAGAAAAAUUACCGAUAUUAAUUAAUUCCCGCUCGGGAGACAAAACAAACAACCAGAACAAUCUGACCAAUCGAAACCGCUGCUAAGGGGACAAAGAUGCGGGAGGAAGUAAACUGCAACCUUAUGCAAUUAGAAAGAAAACAAAGAAACAAAGAAAAACCAAAAAUACUGCGUAAUGAAACAAAUCAUGAAAUUAAAUUCUAACGAUACGCGUGCUAACGACAGUAGUAGUAACAUUCCUCAAUCAAUUUAUCACUGUAUUCCGAAGACCAGAUUUUAAUAGAAUGGCUAAGAAGGACGAGUGUUGAUGGACGAGUGGUGAGUGUGCAGACUUCUAGUGCAGACACUGGUAGUAGUGUAGGAUCGAUUGCAAUUCAAACCUUGCAAAUGGCAUCGAGAGGUAAAGUGUACUGUUGUUAAUAUCAUAUAUCUAGUAAGAAAAGACAUGUGUAACAGGGAAUGUUCAGAGAAAAGCGCAAUAGGCGAGGAAGAUGUAAGAAAAUAAUAAGAAAAAGAAGCAACAUAGAGGCUAAAAUAUGAACACGAAGAACAGAGCACAAUUGCAGAUUGAAAGCAAAAAUAACGAACCUUAUUCGCAAUAACGAAUAACGAAGGAUAUAUUAGAUAUAAAUAUUAUUGCUAAAAAGAAAAACUAUAAAUCUCAAUUGAAACUAAAAUACGCUUUCCGCAAUUGGAAUGUUUUCCAUUCGAAAAAGACAAUCGUAGUAUGUGUAGUUGAUCGUUUGAAAUUAUAGGCAGGAUAAGAAUCAGAAUAAGAAAAAAACACACACACACAGUAUCACACAGUAAAAUUUACGAAGAAAUUAAAUCCCAACAUAAUGUAGUGUUAGCAAGUUUAGCAGAUUUACCUUUUACCGAUCAUUUUUGCAAAGCAAACCUGCCGGUGGUAAAGCUAGUUUUCGUACAAUUGUUCUUAUUUCCCCCAGUUUUGGCAAAAAAAAAAAACAACGUAUGCUGCCGUGAGGCAUCAAAAAGAAACGAAGUAGACAAAAUCGAAGCCUUUGGUUUUUGCUACAAAUUUCUGAUAACGAGUGGAUUGUGUCAUUGAUUCCUCCAGGCGAGGUGUGCUAGACUCUUUGCCAUUUCGGUUGCUAUGCAAAACCCUAAACUCGUAUGAAGUUACUUAUAAGUGUCAUUAGUCGUUAAAGAUAUUCAACAGAAAGGAUGGUGAUUGGGCGGUAGAGGGAGUUGUGAAGUCAGAGAGAAAAAGAAUGCUACAGUGCUAAUGGAGAGAGAGAGAGAGAGAAAAUGCGCGAGAGAAAGAGAUAGAGAGAGAGAGAGAGAGAUUUAGAAAGGGAAUGGUUACACCUAUAAUGCCUAUGAAUUAAGGUAUAUGUUUCAAUUAUGUGAAAAAAAUACGAAAAUCUGCGAUUAAAGGUAACAAUUUAAACAAUUGAUCCUAUAAAAAAAGCAACAAAUAAGUAAUAACUAUUUAAAAUCCUUUAAACAAAACAAAACCCUCAAACAUCCUUGAUACUGAUAUUGGCAAAUUUGUUAGGCAAAAAUGGAACAGAUAGAUGUUGAUCAUUUACUGUUUCGCAUUAAGUGUGUUAGAGUAUUGUAUCUCCCUCUGGUAGUGUGAUAUCCGGUAGCGCAAGGCAUACAAGUUAAUCAUACAUCAUACAUUGUGAAGUCUACACAAAUCAUACAUAAA